CGUAAAACAAAUCCCGCAAAAAUGAGCUUCGAGCAAUUCUGAGACGAUUACGAUCAAAUGCAUCCACCUCUAUGUAAAACAAACCCUGAGGAUACUCAAAAUUCCCUUAUUGCUUCAUCAAACUGUUUCUCAACGACAACAGAGAUCGAGCUGGACUCGCUCAAGCACUUGACCACAUCACUGAAAGCUUAUGUAGUAACCCAAGAUGGCCAUACCAGGAAGGAAGAGUACAAAGUCUUGAAGGAAAACCCUCAUGAACUACUCAGAGCGAAAGCACCUAAAACCGCAGCAAAAUUACUAGAAGAGCCUAUUGAUGUGAUGAUGGCAAGAAUUAUACAGAAAAAGGAGCUCAAAGAAGCAGCGAAACAGCAGAAAAAUAUAGAAAAUGUGUCUAAAGAAAGACCCCUUGAUGACCUAUGGAUUAGCAAGUACAAGCCGAAGAAGUUCUAUGAGCUCCUUACUGAUGAGCUUACGAAUAGGAAUAUCCUCACUUGGCUUAGUUCAUGGAACCUGACCAAUAAAGCUAAGGAUAAUAGCAGCUCUUUGUUUGGAGAUGUCAAUCCUAUUACGAAGAAAACUUUCAAGGGAUUUGAAAAUCAUAGAAGACAGUUCAAGACUAGAGAAUAUCAAUAUCCAACAAUAAUAGAUCCUGAAGACCUUGAUUACAAGGACCAAAGGAUUCUGAUCAUCGGAGGCGAUCCAGGAAUGGGCAAAACCGUCCUUGCAGAGACCUUAGCAGCCCAUGCAGGCUUUAAUGUAGAGAACCUAGAUGCUAAUGGGAGUUACACUCAUGAUGAGCUUACUGAAAGGAUACUAUUUUCUACUCAAAAUCGCAGCUUAUUCAAUUAUGGGAAGAACAAAAACAAUAAGCCAACCUGACUUAUUGUUGAUGGAGUAGACCCAGAUAUUUAUACCGGGAGAACAAUCAUACAUCUCUUAGAAAAAUAUUUCAACACCGGUUCGAUCAAGUAUGAGCAUAAAUACAAAGGUAUUCAAGAGUCCUCUGAAGGUGGCAGCCAAGAAUCCCUUGAAGGUCUUGGUACCCACAAAAUUGUAAAGACAAAGGUUGAAAGGAGUGCCAAGAAGGUAACCACUGAGGUCAAAAGGCCUAUUAUCCUCAUCUGCAGGAAUAUUUAUAGCAGAAGUCUUAAUAAUAUCAAAAAGAUCGGUAUUACGUUCAAAAUUAGAAAGCCUGAGUCUAAAAAGAUGCUGAAUCGGCUUACUGAAAUCGGCUAUAAGGAAGGGAUCCAUAUAGAGUCUUCACUACUAAAGAAGCUGAUAAUAGAGUCAAAUCAUGAUAUCACAAGUUGCUUGAACAUUCUUAAGUACACUUCUUCGGGUCUUGAGCCUGAGAAAGUGAAAAGACAUUUCUCAGAGAAGCCUCAAGAUCUGAAGGUCAUUAAAGAGGCACAUCUAUUCAACUCAACAGGAGGUUUCAAGUUUAAGAAAGACAUGCUCUCAAGUGUGUUCGACUGUUGGGAUAAGAUCUUCAAGGUAAAAUCCAAGUAUGACAAGAAGCUGUCAAUGAAGCAGAUUCAAAAGACCAUACAAGAAUGUGACAGACCUAUCAAAUUCUUUGAAGGCCUUUACUGGAACUACCUUUCGCAUAAUUAUUACGAUGAGUUCAUGGAUAAAGCAGCUACUGUCUUGGAAUCCUUCGUGGAUUAUAACAGAGUUGAUAGUUUCACCAAAAUUAACCAGAAUUAUCAACUCAUGGGUGGAAAUUAUCUACCGGCUGCCUUCUGUCAUCACCUUUUAUCUCAUACAAAUACAAUUAAGAAUGAGUAUCCUAAAAUCUUCAAUGAACUCUACAUCAGCAUGAGUGAGAUUAAGAGUGCUAUCAGAGAGAUGAAGAGGGUUAACCAAAGUGGUGAAGUCACUAAGGAAUAUGAUGUCCAGCUUGACUAUCUCAAGAAAGAGAAUGAUUUAGCUCUCAAAUACAUUAAUUCCAAACAAAUUCUCAGGGAAAUCAUCCCGUAUUUGCCAUUUAUUUACAGAAAUGCUAAUUUGGUGAAGAACUCGGUCUUGAAUGAGUUAGACUACAAAAUCCUAACUGAGAUUUCAAAAAUGAUCAAGAUAUUCCCUCUUGAAAUUGUCCGAAAGAUCUCGCUGGAUGGAACAAUGACCAGGAGUGAGAAAUUAGGUCUCAAGACCAAAUCUAGUCAGAGCCUAUUCCAGACGUCUACAACUUCUGCACUAGCAUAUCAGUUAAGAAUGAAGCUGAAAGAAGCAGGAAAGGUGUAUGCUAGCAAGAGUAAUGGAACACAAAAACCUAAGAAUCCUUCUUCUAGCACUCUCAAAGAGAAUCAUAGCAAAGCCAGCAACUUCAGCUUCCUCGAUUCAAAGAGAAAGAGGGUAGAUAUGGAAGCAGAAAGCACUGGGUCCAAAUUCAUCUUCAAAUACAAAGAAGGCUAUAUAAAUGCUGUGAGAAGGCCUGUUCCAUUCGAAUUCUUCCUCUAA